UCGUCUGUGAGAACGUAAUUAAGUAUACGUUUCGCUGUAGUAUCAGAGGUUUUGGGUUCGAUCUUAUUGGAAACCAAACCUUAUUUUCCUUUUCCUUUAAUGGCCGUGUGGAUAAAAACCACUGAUCGCGGGUUCGUGCCUGAAAAGAAGGUUGGCCACGUGGAGUUUUCCGGGUUUUCUUCACGUGUAUAACACCUAAUUAGAGGCCAGUUACCCAUAAAAGUCCUCUCGAGAGGCACUUUCCCUGGCAGAUCGCCUUAUCCUAUCGAUCUAAUCCUCCUCCUCUAGAUGUAAUGUAUAAUAAUCACGUGUCUAGUUUAGUGUAUACUUUAGGUAUUGUUAUUUAUUAAUAAAAUUAAUAAUUACGCAAGCAUCAUGUGAGAAAAUAGACUAUAAAAAGUUAUAUAUCUAUAUAUACAUAAUUAAUUCAAGAUCCACUCAAACAAAAACACGAUUUCCCUCCAAUUGGGAUCCGAACUCCUUUCCCAAUUUUUUUAUUUUUACAAUCCAAAUUCGUAAAUAAAACUCUAUCUUUUAAAAUACGUAAUUAUUUAAAUAUAUCAAAUCAAAUCGAAUUUUGUUAACAGUAGCAGAUAACUAAUCAUUUAAUACUUUUAUCAAUUGUCAAAGAACCAGUAAGCUGUUGCAAGAGAUAUAUUAGAUUGUAAUCUGUAUAAUGCGACUGUAAACUGUUUAAAAGUAUGGAGAGAAAUUCGUAUUUUAAAAUAAAUAUAUUUAAAAAUACUUUUAUAUAAUAAUUAGGCAAUAUGGCGAAUUCUUUAACACCAAUUUUGAUCGUAUUAUUUAUAUGCUUAUCUGUUCACACCUGGAAAGCUUUAGGUUUAAGAGAAAAUUGCACAUCGAACGAAGAAUGCGUACAAGCACACAAUAAAACCGUUUGUGUUAAUGGUACUUGCGAACUAGUAAAGAAUAAUUUCUUUAAGGACACGUCUCAAGGAGAAAAGGCGUGGAAACGUUACGUUCCUCUCAUGUUUGGAGCAGCAGUAAUUAUAUCAAUAACAAUAACAUUAACGGUAUACAUCGUACGUAUGAAGAGGAAGAGAGACUUGAUCAAAAUUGCUUCCAAUGCCUUAGAAAUGAAUGCAAAAUAAAAUCAAAUUAAGAAUCAACUCGUAAAAAUAAUUGUGUAACAUUCAUUCCAAACUCGUUCUCUUAUCGUUAAAUCUCUUAUAAGAGAUAAAAUUUAUAAACUAGACACAUUAAUAAUGUGUUAAGUGCACGUGCACGUGCACAUGCACAUGCAGAAAGACUUAUUAAAGUUUAGACCACAUACCGAAAUGACAACGUCAUUCCAAUUCGUUACUGCCAGCAAUGACGUUAGCCCGGGUCAAAGUCCAUGGUUGGCAGAAGGUCACUCUGACCCACAUUAAACUUCCAAUGGGAUGUUAGAAGGUAUGUCCAACAUCCCUCCUACUUCUCUCUCAUCUCUCUCCCUCUCUCUAGGCAUCACUUAUGCUGAGAAGUUGAAUAGUGUAUUAGAGGAGCAAACUUGUCACCACAACGUCGUCGAGUGUGAGUCUAAACUUUGAAAUUCGAAUUUUAUAGAGGAGAUGCUUCUAAACUUAUUGUUUCAAUGUAUCAUCAUCUCCUCCUCCUGGAUAGUUUUCCUGAAUGGACAGUACUUCAAACCAUUUCAUUCAGAAGGCUACGAAAGCAAAUAUUAUCGCAUAUCUUUAAGUUGUGGUUACGACUCGAUGACUUUAACUGUACAAAGCAGAGAACCCUUCAGAGGACAAAUAUAUGUUAAGGAUCAUUACCGUUCUCCUCGAUGUCGUGCCACAGGAGAUGGCAAUAAAGUAAUUUCAUUGAAGUUAUUUUAUCAUCCAUCCGUCUGUGGAGUCGUAAACACAAAAAACGGAACUUUCGCUACAAAAGUCAUUAUUCAGCGUCAUCCUAGAAUAGUACUUGGUGACGAUGAAUCUUAUAAAGUUCUAUGCACCUUUCCGGAAGUAUUCCGAGAGAAAACUAUUGUUAGCAAUGUGAUAGAAGUGAAGGGUAAUCAUAAUGGAGUACUACCCACUUCCAAGUUCAAUGAGAAAUCUUUGUCGCCUGGAGUGAAACUAAGAAUUACGGAUUUAACAGGAAAUGACAUAACGCAUGCUAAUAUAGGUCAAGAAUUAAUUUUAACUGUUGAUAUGGAUGACGAAAAACUAUUUGGCAUAUUUGCUGCUGAUUUAGUAGCCUCUAGUAGCAGUGGAUCACAUGCAUUGGUUUUGGUGAAUUCUGCUGGAUGUGUGGUGGAACCGGCAGUUUUCGGUCAACUAACGAAAAUCUCAGGUUCUAAAGAUCUUCAAGGACGUUUCAAAGCCUUCAAAUUUCCAAAUGACUCCAUUGUCAAUUUUAAAGUGACGAUUAAGUAUUGCGUGGACGAAUGCCAAACAGCACAUUGUACAAAUGGCACUAGUAGAGGUUACGGUCGAAAAAAGAGAGCGGCAGAGAUAUUAAUCGCUGAGGAAGAUAACAUUGAACACAGAAUACCCAAAGACGUGGUACUUUAUUACUCUAUAAUUGUUACAGAUCCUGAAGCAGAUAACGUCCGACAGCCAAACACAAAUAACGAUUUUUACAACGAUAUUGUACCUUUCGACCAACUGUCAGCUUUGGGCGUAGAACCACAAGAGGAACCUCAAACACCUUUCCAUCCCAUUCUAUUGCACCAAAAUCUGUAUCUCUUACAUCCGUUAACAACUAAGGCUACGGAAUCGCCUCAAUUUCAUCCAUAUCAGGGCUUUACAAAGAGAUCCGGAAGUUUUCUUCCCGAAGAUUAUGUCGUGUUAUCUAGUGGACUUCAGAUCAGAAGAAAUCGUCAGUAACGUUCUAAUGGAAAAAAAACGAAUCAUCAACGAGUCUACGCGAAUAAUUAUGAUCCGUUUAAUGUUUAUGAUGUCGAAAACACGAACUCGAUCCACCGAAUCUUUUUUUGUAUGGCUCAAAUUAACAUUUUCUACUGAAGUCCUAUAACUUUAUUAUUCUCUCGAUGAAUUUUUAAUUUUUUAAAUUCUUUAAACUCCGGUUUAAAGUUUUAUUCUAAGGGUCCUUUUCUCAAAUCUAGUCUCUACAAGUACUAUCUCAAGGUUAUUUAAAUGAGGGAUGGCAAGAAAAUGGCUGAUGUCAAGGAGUUUGCAAAGUUCAAAUUCAUGUGGAAGAACUCGCAUGAUUCAGUAAUUAAUUGAGUAACUCUUCACUAUAUCUUUUAAUUUUUAAUAUUUAUGGGAAAAAAUUAAAAAUUUUCUUCGUUGUUACCAUUUUAUCGCACAUUGCAUGUAAGCAGUCGACUCCGGAAAUAUGUUAAUUAAUGUAAAUAAUUUACUGUAUGUUAUUUAGCCUUGUAUAUGAAGCCGAUAAAACCAUUUAGCUGUAGAACAGCAGAUUUAAGAUAAUUCAUAUUAAUUUUUUAUAUAAGAAUGAUAUUGAUUGUCAGUCCUUUAAAAAUAGGCCAACAUAAUUCCUGAGGGAAAAUAACUCACAGGUUAUAAACCGAUGCUGCAAGUUCAAAUAAUUAACAACAAAAUGGUAUCCAGAGAUGUAAAAAUAUACUUCUACUACAUUUUAUAUAUAAAUAUAUACAUAAAA